CUUUACGGACAAUCCUUAAUCCGCUGUAUAUCGUCGUUGUUACAGGCCUCUCUCUCUGUAAAAUUCGUGUAAUGGAUAUAUUUUACAUAUUCACCUUGUGUAUCAGUGCGCAGUUUAUUGAAGUUUACGGACAGUUAAACCCAACACCAAGAAAAGAUGCGGAAGUUGAUCUAAGCACCCGUAUCGUAGGAGGACAAGAAGCAGCCCCCCAUGCGUAUCCAUGGCAAGCGUAUUUGAUAAAACGUUUGCAAGGCAACUGGCGUUUCACUUGUGGUGGAAUGCUUAUCGACAGGGAAUUUGUACUGACUGCCGCCCAUUGCAUAGAAGGAGUCUCGAAGCGUAACCUCCAAGUGGUGCUCGGUGAUCACGAUAUUACAGUUACUGAGGGCACGGAGAGGUUUCACGAGAUCAAAAGCAUACUGAUUAAUCCUGACUAUGAUCCUUACACAUUCGACGGAGACUUCGCUCUUCUGCGACUCAAGAAUGCGGCUACUCUCAACAGUUACGUGGACGUGGUGACUCUGGCUGACACAUUCAAUGACUCCGGGGAGUGUGUGAUUACUGGUUGGGGUAACGCCAUCAAAGAUGGUCCACAGUUUACAGUCCUACAAGAGGCGGCCGUCACUAUAGUUCCUGUGAGUACAUGUGAAAGCAUAUGGAACUCGUUCAAUCCGAUUACUGAUACAAUGAUGUGCGCAGGAAAUGGUGCGCAAGGUUCUUGCGAGGGCGAUAGCGGUGGUCCAAUGGUUUGUUUUGAAAAUGGUGUCUGGGUGGCGCAUGGCAUUACGAGCUGGGGCACAGAACAAUGUGGAGUAGACGGUAUCCCGGAUGUUUACGCUCGAAUCAGUAGUAUACACGCGCAAAUCAUGUCGAUCAUUUCUGGUGGUGGUGGUGGCGGUGGUGGCGGUAACGGUAAUGGCGGGAAUGGUAAUGGUAAUGGUAAUGGUAAUGGCAAAGGCAAAGGUUAACCCGCUACUUGAUCAACAGUCUAAAUCCUAUCACUUACGUUAUCUCGCGAGAUAUACACCUAUGUAAUCUUGCGAGAUUUCAUCUACAUGUAACGCACUGUGU